AUGUUGAAUAAAAUUGGGUUUAAUCCAUCAAUAAUCAAGACUCAAGGAGAACAAUUUGAAAAGAUGGGCGUUUUAGCAAGAGCUUGUGAUGUGGAAAAGAAAGGUGAGAGCUUCAAGAUUGAGAUUCUCGACAUUUACAUGCUGACUUACUCGAUGCCGGCAGUGAUCGCUGGGAAUGUCGAUAUCAAAUCAUUAUGGUUAUGCCAGGAGAAUUCUCUGUUCAUCGCCUACACAUCCAAAGAAACAAAUCCGAGUAAGGAAACGAAGAAAAAGGUCUAC